CCUAUUAUUAGCAUUUGCGAAAUUUCCGGCUAUAACUGCAAUAUUGAAUCCUUAUAAAGCAAAUACCAAUUGUCUGUAUAUAGCCAAUUAUACAAUUUGCAUAAUCGCUCGGUGACUGCUGCUAAACGGAAAUCCUCCCACCUUCCCCACCCUUUGCACCGUCGGUGAGCCACGACCGAUAGAAACUUUUUUUGCUGUGGAGCAGUGCCAAGAUGUCGAAGAAUAAACUAAAUUUAGUUCUGCCGCCGGUAAAUGUAGAUGCAACUGUUGCUGCCGCACAGGUGGCACCAACGCCUCCGUUUAAAACAGCAUCGGGAACAGAUACAAAUAGUUUGCUGGGAAAGCCAAAAACAAGCAUCGACGCAUUAACGGAAACGCUGGAGGGCCUCGAUAUGGACGACACGGAGCGCAAACGAAUCAAGGUGUUCCUCAGCCAAAAGGAAAAGAUCGGCGAACUCUCCGAGGAGGAUCUAGAAAAGCUAGGCGAACUCGGUUCUGGAAACGGCGGCGUUGUCAUGAAAGUGCGCCACACCCUCACACAUUUGAUAAUGGCCAGGAAAUUGAUCCAUCUGGAGGUGAAGCCGGCGAUUAAAAAACAAAUACUGCGCGAACUAAAAGUGCUCCACGAAUGCAAUUUCCCGCACAUAGUUGGAUUUUAUGGAGCCUUCUACAGCGAUGGCGAGAUAAGUAUCUGCAUGGAGUAUAUGGACGGCGGCUCUCUUGAUCUCAUAUUGAAACGGGCCGGCCGCAUACCUGAAUCAAUACUCGGACGCAUCACCUUGGCGGUGCUGAAGGGCCUCAGCUAUCUGCGGGACAAGCAUGCAAUUAUCCAUCGGGAUGUGAAGCCAAGCAACAUACUCGUCAAUAGCAGCGGCGAGAUCAAAAUCUGUGAUUUCGGCGUUUCGGGACAACUAAUCGAUUCGAUGGCCAACUCAUUUGUGGGCACGCGCAGCUAUAUGUCGCCUGAGCGACUUCAGGGCACACACUAUUCGGUUCAGUCGGACAUUUGGUCCCUUGGCCUUUCCCUCGUUGAGAUGGCUAUCGGCAUGUAUCCAAUACCUCCGCCGGACAGCGCCAUGCUGGAGGCCAUAUUUGCCGAUAAUGCCGACGAUGGCAAUCCAACGGUAAUUGAGCCAAAAGUAAUGGCAAUCUUUGAGCUUCUCGAUUAUAUUGUUAACGAGCCGCCGCCAAAGCUGGAACACAAGAUAUUCUCCAAUGAGUUCAAGGACUUUGUCGACAUAUGCCUCAAAAAGCAGCCAGAUGAGCGGGCCGAUCUCAAAACGUUGCUGAGCCAUCCAUGGAUACGUAAAGCGGAGGCGGAGGAUGUUGAUAUAUCGGGCUGGGUGUGCAAGACAAUGGACUUGCCGCCAUCGACGCCGAAACGCAAUACAUCGCCCAACUAAUUAGCAUUCCUUUAUUU